AUGCAUCGCCGACAAUUCCUCUUGCUCCUGUCGGCCCUGGGUGCGCAGUCCGCGGUGAUGCUGCCCGGCGUGGCCAGCUACUCAGCCGCGCUGCUUCAGCAUCCGCUCGAGACGAACGUCCUCACCGCCGUCGCCAUUUCGGCGGCUGGUGACGCCAUCGUGCAGCGGAGCGAGUGGGAGCGGUCUGGCAAGCCGUACGACACCCCACGAGCGAUAAGUUUCGUGUUGUUUGGAGCGUUCUACCAGGGCGCCUUCAACACGCGCGCCUUCCCGUGGAUCCAGGAGCACUGCCAGGGCGAUGCCCUGCAGGCUCUGGCAAGCAGCCUCGCUCCCGACGCCGCAGCCCUCGCGGACCCGUCACUCUACAGGGCGGUCGAGUGCACGGCGUUCAACCAGCUGCUCGUCGUGCCGCUCGUGUACUAUCCCAUCUUCUUUGCCGUCACCGGGUGCGUGCAGGGCCUCACUGCAGAGGAGUCGGUCGAGCGCGCCCGCGGCAGCUUUGUCGGCCUGCAGCUGCGCAACUGGAAGUUCUGGUGGCCGGUGCAGCUGUGCCAGUUCGGGUUGCUGCCUCCCGAGUGGCAAGUGCCCUACGCGUGCGCGAUGGGCCUCGUGUGGAACGUGAUCCUAAGCGCCGCGGCCGGGUCGGCUCGUGAGCCCGACGACUCCGAGGAGCCCGGGGGGCCGGCUGUCGGGGUGGUGGUCCCCACGCGGCAGCGCGGGGCGGCUCAGGUGCGCGCCGGCAAGAUUUUGGAGGGCGGCGGCGUCGGGCUGCGGCAACGCGAGAGGCGGACAUAG